AUGGCAGUACAAGGAGUAACUCCAAACAAUCCGACGUGGCUGACAACAGCACCUACGAAUGAUAUCGAUCAGAUAAACUUGAAUGUUGCCCCUACCACUACGGGAAAUAAUGUUUUUCCGAAUAUGCCAAUACCAGUACAACCAGUUAGGAUACCACCACGAACUGACUACGAUUUACCACCUCUAAUGACAGCAGCAAAAUAUGGUGCAUUAUUUCCACAUGUUGCCGUACGAGGAAGAGAUCUCCUGCAUGUACUAGUGCAUGGUGCUGCCAAUCUACCUUUAGUUGACGGUCGUCAGCCACGAUGUUAUGUUACAGUACAAAGUCGUUCGAGUAUGGCGACACAAGAUAUUGGAGAGACAAUUAAUGCAACAAAUGUAAUCGAAGGUGUAACACCUCAUUGGAAUGAAAUGAUCUAUGCUGAUAUACCCGAAGAGAAUAAUCAUGAUGAAGAGGUGAUCAUAUUGAUUAUUGAUGAACCACGCCAACGAACAAUAGCUGAACAUCGUUUUCCAUGGCGAUGGCUAGAACCAUUUUAUCAGUAUCAUUUAAAUUUACAACAUACUGUAAAACAAACAACUCAAACAACUUCUCUGUUCAUAUCCAUAACGCGUAAACAGAGUUCGCUAUCAAAAGAAGAUAUUCGUUAUUUUGGUUUGGAAAUUAUGCUCAAUCGAUUUGAAGUAACAGUACCGAAAAAACUAGUUCUAUAUGCCGUUGCUCGAAUUAUACCUGACUACGAAAGUUACAAACAUGAGUAUUUGCGUAAUCUUGAUAAUCCAAAAUUGGGUGUCAAUUUUAAAAAAAUACUUAUCCCAACAGCUCAAGAUUUUGCCUUACCGAAUUAUUCCUUUACUGGCUAUCCGCAAACAUCUUUAGCAUCCAAAGAAUCUAAGAUGCCAACUUGGCUGCAUGAUUAUUUAUUUUCACAUGAAAAUGAGAAAGACAAUAUGUUUUCGAAUAAUUCUGCUCUUCUUAUUGAAUUCUAUCCAUUUCAAGCUAUUUCUAAUAAUCCUAAUUGGCGUAUUAAAAGUCUAAUCGGAUGGGUAGCUAUUCGUUUAGAUACACGAGCGUAUGAUGCAUUAACAGCACCGGGUUCAUCGGAAGGAGUGAGAACAGAAGGUCUCUUGGUUGAAAGUGAUGGUGGAUUAGUUUCAGAAAAUACGAAAUUUUUAACAGCUGAAGUAUUACUGCGUCUUGUGCCAGAACGUCAUCCAGUGAAAAAUCUUCUUGCAUAUACUGCUAGUAAUUUACCUGUUUUACCUUCUUAUUAUGUCGAAGGCGUUCGACAAGGCGGUGCACAACCUUUAUAUAUGCAAGUUGUAUCACAGAAAAAAGUGUUUCUACCUACAAUACAAUCACCCGCACCACAAGUUCCAUUAACACAAACACCAAUAUCACAAGUGCCUCAAGCUCAAACUGUUAUAAAUCCAAAUGUACCGAUGGGCCAACCGACAAUGAUCCCAUCUCAAUACUAUUAUCCACAACAAUACGAAGUUGUACCAACAUUUACUCAAGUAGAAAGACCAGAUGGUAUUCGUUUUCGUGUUCCACGUAUCAAUCCAUACGAUUUGGAUGACAUUCCAACGGAGUAUCGCGCUAUGUUGGCAACAAAUUAUCCUCCGCGUCGCGAUGACGAUAUUGAUGGUUGGUUCGAAUAUUUUCAACGUGAAGUUUCUGUUUAUAAACAAGCUAUUCGACGUGUCAUACAAGAUGUUGUACAAUUACGUGAUCAACAUAAAACUCUAACCGCUGCUAAUCAUGAUCUUAAAGUUAAAAUGGAAAAUUUUGACAAGAAAAAAAGAGUUCUAUAUGAAAUUUUCGAAGGUGAUAAAAUUGAUAAAGCAAAAAUGCAAGAUAUAUUUAAUCGUUUAUCUGCAAAGAUAUCUGCUCAAACACUUGAAUUAAAAGAAAAUCAUGCUAAAAUAACUAAUUUCGAAAAAGAACUCGCUCGAAGAGGCGAAUUACGUGCUCAAUAUGAUGCAUUAGUUCGAACAACACAAACACGGGAAGUAGAAAUAAAAAUGAUGAAAGAACGUUUAGCAAAGGCCGAUGGACUGGAAGAAACCGUUCGACGGCAAGAACUUGUCAUUGAAAAAUUGGAAGGCAUGAUUACGAAUUAUAUGAAAGAAAAGCGAUUGAGAGGAGCAUUCAGUGAUUCCGAUCGAACAUUUCUAUCUGAACAUGCUGCCUUAGGAUUAGAAAAUCAACAAAUUCAAAGACGAAUACCACCCGCACGAUACUCUGCAUCGGUGAUGAAUCAACGAGAAGAUCUAGUAAAACAAAAUCUUAGUUAUCAACAAGAAUUAGCAAAUCUCAAAGCACGAUUUCAAGAAAAUGCUUCUGCAUGGGGACGAGAAAAAGCUGAACUUAUGUCGAAAAUUAAUGAUAUUGACCGACCACUCUACACGCCGCGACCACGAAAACUUGAACCUAUUUAA